CUCGCGAGACUGAAGACCAGGAAGACGCCUGCAGAGCCCGGCUGCUGGUGCAGCAGUGGCUGAGGCAGCGGGUGCUGCUGCAUCCGGACCUCCUGCCUCAGAGUCUCCUCCUAGUCUCCGGGUGGGGAGGUGGGACGUGGCCAGGCCAAGGUUGUGGUAGUGCGCAGUGCCCGCUGCGGCUUAGGGGGAAUUGAGGCUGAGGCCUGUCAGAGCCAGUCAGGGAGGCGCCCACAGUCCUGACAGGAUAAGAUGGCGGCGAUGGCGCCUGGAGGUGGUGGCAGUGGUGGCGGCGGUGUGAAUCCAUUCCUCAGCGAUUCGGACGAGGACGACGACGAGGUAGCGGCGACCGAGGAGCGGCGGGCAGGACUUCGGCUGGGUUCCGGGAGCGGCCUAGAUCCUGGCUCUGCGGACUCGCUGUCGCCCCAGGAUCCCGUGGCCUUAGGGAGCAGUGCGCGGCCAGGGCUCCCUGGGGAGGUGUCGGCGGCUGCGGUGGCACUGGGGGGCUGUGGGGAGACCCCUGCCCGCUUGUCCAUUGACGCGAUCGCGGCUCAGCUGUUGCGCGAUCAAUACUUGCUGACCGCUCUGGAGCUGCACACCGAGCUGUUAGAGAGUGGCCGCGAACUGCCUCGGCUGCGCGACUACUUCUCCAAUCCAGGCAACUUCGAGAGGCAGAGUGGGACCCCGCCGGGGAUGGGGGCGCCGGGGAUCCCUGGAGCAGCUGGCAUUGGAGGCGCAGGAGGUCGGGAACCGAGUACGACGUCUGGCGGGGGACAGCUCAAUCGAGCUGGGAGCAUCAGUACUCUUGAUUCUUUAGACUUUGCAAGAUACUCAGAUGAUGGAAACAGGGAAACAGAUGAAAGAGUGGCAGUCCUGGAGUUUGAACUACGGAAAGCCAAGGAGACCAUUCAGGCCCUCCGAGCCAACCUGACAAAGGCUGCAGAACAUGAAGUUCCUUUACAGGAACGAAAAAAUUACAAAUCAAGUCCUGAAAUUCAGGAACCAAUCAAACCUCUUGAAAAGAGAGCUCUAAACUUCUUAGUCAAUGAAUUUUUAUUGAAGAAUAACUACAAGCUUACAUCAAUAACCUUUUCAGAUGAAAAUGAUGAUCAGGAUUUUGAACUAUGGGAUGAUGUAGGAUUAAACAUUCCAAAACCUCCAGACUUACUGCAACUCUACCGAGAUUUUGGAAACCAUCAGGUGACUGGGAAAGAUCUUGUGGAUGUGGCCAGUGGCGUAGAAGAAGAUGAAUUAGAGGCUCUUACACCAGUUUUAGGCAACCUUCCUCCAAGCCUUGAAACUCCUCAGACUGUAGAAAACUCCUUGCUAGUACAGAAAUUAGAAGAUAAAAUUAGUUUAUUAAAUAGUGAGAAAUGGUCUUUGAUGGAGCAAAUCAGAAGACUUGAAAGUGAAAUGGACUUCCUCAAAAAUGAACACUUUGCCAUCCCAGUGGUUUGUGACUCUGUUCAGCCUUCUUUGGAUCAUAAAGACUCUGAAGACACUGGACAGAAUCCAGUUAUAAAUAGUUCAGACAAGGAAAAAGACAAGGAUAUCCAUCUCUCAAAAUCAGAUGAAGUGGAUUCCGCUAUUCCUAAGGAGAAUUUCCCAAGUUCUCUCCCCAGGAGAGAAAGAGAAGAAAUGCCCUCUUCUUCUCCAUCAAGUAAAAACACAGUCCAUUUUGAUAAACCCAAUAGGAAAUUGUCUCCUGCUUUCCACCAAGCUCUACUUUCUUUUUGUCGAAUGUCAGCAGAUAGUCGUUUAGGAUCAGAGGUGUCUCGGAUUGCAGACAGUGAGAAAAGUGUCAUGUUAAUGCUGGGACGCUGCCUGCCACACAUUGUUCCUAAUGUGCUGUUGGCAAAGAGAGAGAGAAUGGUUUUACACCUCUGUCAGGAGUUGAUUCCCCUCAUAUUGUGUACAGCAUGCCUACAUCCUGAGCCUAAAGAAAGAGAUCAGCUUCUCCAUAUACUUUUCAAUUUGAUCAAGAGGCCAGAUGAUGAGCAGAGGCAAAUGAUACUGACAGGUUGUGUGGCGUUUGCACGCCAUGUUGGACCAACACGUGUAGAAGCUGAACUUUUACCGCAGUGCUGGGAACAGAUUAACCACAAAUACCCGGAAAGACGUCUACUUGUAGCAGAAUCCUGUGGAGCAUUGGCACCUCACCUUCCUAAAGAAAUCCGAAGCUCCUUGGUUCUCUCAAUGUUGCAACAAAUGUUAAUGGAAGAUAAGGCAGAUUUAGUAAGAGAAGCUGUGAUCAAAAGCCUUGGCAUCAUUAUGGGAUACAUUGAUGAUCCAGACAAAUACCAACAGGGUUUUGAAUUGCUGCUCUCAGCCUUGGGUGAUCCCUCAGAAAGAGUAGUUAGUGCAACACAUCAAGUAUUUUUACCGGCCUAUGCUGCCUGGACUACAGAACUUGGAAAUUUACAGUCUCAUCUUAUACCUACAUUGCUGAACAAGAUAGAAAAACUUCUCAGGGAAGGAGAGCACGGGCUGGAUGAACAUAAGCUCCACAUGUAUCUUUCCGCUUUGCAGUCCUUGAUCCCCUCUCUCUUUGCGUUAGUGCUGCAGAAUGCGCCUUUCUCCAGCAAAGCCAAGCUUCAUGGUGAAGUGCCACAGAUAGAAGUGACUAGGUUCCCUCGGCCUAUGUCGCCUCUUCAAGAUGUGUCUACUAUAAUUGGAAGUCGUGAGCAAUUGGCAGUGCUCUUACAACUUUAUGAUUACCAGCUGGAACACGAGGGUACAACAGGCUGGGAGACUUUACUGUGGGUUGUCAAUCAAUUGUUGCCACAACUUAUAGAAAUAGUUGGCAAAAUUAAUGUUACUUCAACUGCCUGUGUCCAUGAAUUCUCCAGAUUUUUCUGGCGCCUUUGCCGGACAUUUGGCAAAAUUUUUACAAACACUAAGGUCAAACCUCAGUUCCAGGAGAUUUUAAGACUGUCUGAAGAAAACAUUGAUUCCUCAGCAGGAAAUGGGGUCCUCACUAAAGCUACUGUCCCCAUUUAUGCAACAGGAGUCCUUACAUGUUAUAUUCAGGAAGAAGACCGAAAACUGUUAGUGGGAUUCUUAGAAGAUGUAAUGACCCUGCUUUCAUUAUCGCAUGCUCCUCUUGAUAGCUUGAAGGCUUCUUUUGUGGAACUGGGUGCAAAUCCAGCCUACCACGAGUUAUUAUUAACUGUUUUAUGGUAUGGUGUUGUCCAUACUUCAGCACUUGUGAGAUGUACCGCUGCUAGAAUGUUUGAGCUGUUGGUGAAGGGGGUGAAUGAAACUCUGGUAGCUCAGAGGGUUGUUCCUGCUCUCAUUACUCUCUCCAGUGACCCUGAAAUCUCUGUCCGGAUUGCCACAAUUCCGGCCUUUGGCACUAUUAUGGAAACGGUUAUUCAAAGAGAGUUGCUGGAAAGAGUGAAAAUGCAGUUGGCUUCUUUUCUGGAAGAUCCUCAGUACCAAGACCAGUAUUCUUUGCAUACAGAGAUCAUAAAAACAUUUGGUAGAGUUGGGCCUAAUGCAGAACCAAGGUUCCGAGAUGAGUUUGUUAUACCACACUUGCAUAAGUUAGCCUUGGUGAACAACUUACAAAUUGUGGAUUCUAAAAGACUGGAUAUUGCCACCCAUCUUUUUGAAGCUUACAGUGCACUUUCCUGUUGUUUCAUUUCAGAGGAUUUAAUGGUUAAUCACUUUUUACCUGGUCUCAGAUGUUUACGGACUGACAUGGAGCAUCUUUCUCCGGAGCACGAGGUUAUUUUAAGUUCCAUGAUAAAGGAAUGUGAACAAAAAGUAGAGAACAAGACCGUCCAAGAGCCUCAAGGCUCAAUGUCAAUUGCUGCAAGCUUAGUGAGUGAAGAUACAAAGACCAAGUUUUUGAACAAAAUGGGCCAGUUGACAACAUCAGGUGCCAUGUUGGCCAAUGUGUUUCAGAGAAAGAAGUAAAAGCAGGAAGGAAGCCCCCAGUAAACACUAAGAUGGACCUCAAGCAGACUGGUUCCUUGUACUUGAAGUACUUGCCUUUUUUAUUUCCUUGUUUUAUGUUCUUGCAUUAUAAUUUUAUCCUAACCUCCAAAGAUAUUUGCACUGCUUUUGAUUAUUGCUGUAUAUCUGUUUAUUUUGGAGUUAUAACUGUGGUGAUAGAAAAAUUGAGUUUAUAGUCUGUACCAAGUCCCUCUUCUGUGUUCUCGUCUUUCAGAAUAAUUUAUAUAUAUAUAUAUAUAUAUAUAUAUAUAUAUAUAUAUAUAUAUAGUGAAGAGGUUUUUUUUUAAUUUUUGGAUGGGAUAUUAGCAAAUAUCUGUAUUAUACACUAAGCUAUUACAAUGGUACUUAAAAUAAUGUAAAUUUGAAGUCACUGUUAUAAAGUAAUAAAAGUGGAGAUUACUUAAGUAUUUAAAUUAUGAAAGAAUAAUACAGACUUUUUAUUGUUUCGUAACUGACUAGAAAGAGCCACCAGCAUUACUCUGUGCCUUUUGGACUUCAGUUUGUGUGUCCGUAGGAAUUGUAUGCAUUCCAUUCACACGGUGUUUUAUAAUGCUGUGAUGAAUUUGAGUUACAAAUCCUACAGUAAGUAGAUAAUAAUGAAACUUUCCACAUUUCAGAGCUCUCAUGAAUAUUCUUUAAGUGCUAUUCAAACCUCCCCAGCAUUUACAUGCAUAUAAUGGACUUACCUGAGGAAAGACCGCACAGUAACAUGGGGAGUGAUAACCAAGGUGAAUUUUACAAACUGAUGUGUAAUAGAUUUAAAUAUUCAAAAAUAAAUGUAAGUAAGAAGAGCUAAUAAUUGUGAAAUUCUUUCCCAAAUUUAAAUACACAGGAAAACAUGGUUUGAAUUUGAAAUUUAACACUUAUUUAUGUAAAAUAUUUUAUUUAAGAUAUUUUCUAACGAUUUUAAUUUCAGAGAUUAUCUUUUCAUUCUGUGUGUUACAAAGAAGUACCGAAAAGUUAAGGACAUUUGGGGGCUGCUUUUUUUCCCUCUAAACUAAAAACGACAUUAGCUAAAUUAUUAUUGGUUAGUUAACACCUUGUCCCUUAAAGUCAGUGACUAUUCUUGUGUUUGAUAUAUAUUACACAGAGUCUUAAGUCAGUGUACAAUUGCACUGGAAUUUGAGAGUUGUCUAUAAAGUAAUGCAACUUGAAGUAGAAAAGAGUGGUACUGGCCAUAGAAGGGGGAUGAUUGGUUUGAGGGGUUAAUGUGAGGCCUUUUUGAAAAAAUGAAUAUUUUGAUAAAGAGAAUUCUCGUUUGAGCACAGUUGAUGCACAUAGGUGAUUCCCAUGUUUGUUGUAUAAACUGGUUUAAUACAUUUGGAACAUAGUUGGAUUACAUUCUCUUCCUGGGAAAGUUAGCUUACCACACAUUCAGGCUUAUAAAAUAAGUUGCCCUAGACAAAGCCAUUUAAAAAGUUCAUUCUGAAAUUAUUUCUUUUACCUAUAGUGAAAUAAUUGUUAAAAUUAGUCUUUCAGAAACUGUUGGAUUCUAGGCAUUCCUGAGAAAUUGAAAGUGGCUACCUUUCAUGUCAAAAAUGUUGAUCUAUUAUAAAUAAACUGUUUUUGCAUA